AUGGACUCUUCACAGGGGCCUCUGGUAGCUGGCUUGCUCACGACCCUGAUUUCCGCGACUGUCGCGCCAUCCUCCUCAACCCCCACAACUCUUCCGAUAGACUCGCCUAACCAUGACGAUCAACCUGAAGGGAUGCACCACUGGUCAUCGCUGAUCGGUAUCGUGACUGCCUUGAUCGGGAAUGUCCUGAUCUCCUUGGCUCUCAAUAUCCAGCGCUACGCCCAUAUCCGCAUUACGAGGGAGUGGGAACGCGAUAAUACGCAGAAGGAGGCUGCCGGGAGACAGUCACAUACGGGCCUAGGGUCGGCGGGUCCCUAUGGGGCUGUGGGGAUACAGAGGGGAAGAUCGAGGGAGCAUUUCGAGUACCGUGACGAGGAGGAAGAGACUUCCGAAGACACUGAUGGGACCUCGCGCCCUCGGGAUCGUCAACGCGAGUCGUUCACGUCAGAUGGAACUGCUCGCCCGGGAGACAAAAAGACCGCGCGCGCAGAUAGCAAGAAGAACUACCUACGGUCGCCUUACUGGUGGGCGGGACUAGUGCUGAUGUGUUUGGGCGAGACGGGCAACUUCCUGGCGUACGGCUUUGCGCCCGCAUCGAUCGUGUCGCCUCUCGGGGUUGUGGCCCUGAUCUCCAACUGCAUCAUCGCGCCGUGUUUGCUCAAGGAAAAGUUUCGUCAGCGUGACUUCUGGGGCGUUCUUGUCGCCAUUGCUGGAGCAGUGGUGGUAGUGCUUAGCGCCAAAUCGUCCGAGGAGAAAAUCGGGCCUCAUGAGAUUUGGGUCAUGAUCACUCGCUGGGAAUUUCUGCUCUAUCUCGCAAUAUCGAUCAUUUUGAUCAUCGUUCUGAUGUGGGCGAGUGGCACGUACGGUCCGCGGUCGAUUCUGAUUGAUAUUGGGCUUGUUGGCUUGUUCGGUGGAUAUACGGCGUUGUCUACUAAAGGCGUUGCCUCGUUAUUGUCCUUUACCUUGUGGCACGUCAUCACCUUCCCGAUCACCUACCUGCUCGUGUUCGUCCUCGUCUUUAGUGCCUUGAUGCAGAUUCGGUACAUCAAUCGUGCUCUGCAGCGCUUCGAUUCUACUCAAGUGAUCCCGACCCAAUUCGUGCUCUUUACGCUCUCGGUAAUCAUCGGUAGUGCAGUGCUCUAUCGUGAUUUCGAGUCGAUUCCAGCUGCACGUGCAGUGAAGUUUGUCGGGGGCUGUCUGUUGACCUUCUUGGGGGUGUAUUUCAUUACAAGUGGCCGAGUCCGGAGCGAUGAUGCGUCAUCCUAUUCAUCAGAAGAUGAGGAAGAAGCUAUCGGCCUGCUGCAUGGUGAAAGAUACCAGGACAGAGUCGAUUUGUCUCCUCCAGGUCAACAGCUGCGCGUCCAAAGAGAAUUACGGACAGCGCCCGAAACGCAGCGUGGUCGGUCACCUUCAGGUUCUUUGUUGAGCCAAGGCAUUGACGGAAUCGAUGACGGGCAGUCCACUCCGAAAGGGGCCCUUUCCGUUGUCACGUCUUCUCCUGGUGGCUCUCUCUCCGCCGAUUCACCUUUAUCUGCUCCAUUCUCUGAUCACCCGUCACCAUUGCGGCCUCCAUCUCAUAUGUCCAAUCCUUGGGCUGACCGCAAUGAACGGGCCGUGGGUACCGAACGGCCAACUACUCCUCAAGGCCAGUCCAACGAAGCUACGCCGAGAUCAACGGUCCAGCUUCGUUACCCGCCGGCCCCGGGCGUGGAAGACACCCCGCCGCUGAACGAGGGCCGACGCGCCUCUACUCCAACCACCGCAGAUCAGCCUCAUUUUCCUGGUCGGAGUCGUACAAGUGCUGAGACACCUCCACGACGCGCACUACGUAACUCCAUCUCAAAUCGUUUCUCGCCCGGACCCCUUUUCCCCACACUCUCUGCUGGUUUCAGUGCCGUGGUUGCGGAAUCUCUUCGGCGAGGGGAAGGAAAUUCAUCAGUCAAGGAUCGCACCAAACGGAAACUAGAACGCCGGAGACCACUUGACGGUGCAUUCAGAGAUGGGAUCGCUCGCUAUCACGAUGGGGAUGAUGGCCCUGCUGGUGUCGGCGGCGAUGGCCACGACACCCCGGCUACGAUUGCCACCGCGCGGCUUCAGUCCGCCACGAGUCUGGCUGCUGCCCCUGCAGAGGUCGGACGAUCUUCUACGCCGGCCCUCGCAACCGAGAUCUAUGCCUUGCCAACGCAAAGCGCACAAGAGGGGGCCACUCGUGUUCGCAGCCUCAGUGAAUCUAUGAGUGGUGGGCUUGCAUGGUUGGGUGGUGUUCUACGCAAGACUCAUGCCGACAAAUACACCGAGAGUGCUGCUGUAUCGCAAGGAACACCUACUCCGCCAAAUGGCGAUAAUGGACCCGGUGAUACGGGCGCCCAGGCGGAGACACGGCAAUAA